ACUGUAUCUUUUUCCCUACAGGCAGAGUACAACGUUUCAAAAUGCUGGAGGUUAUCUGGGUGAAUUUAGAGAUUACAUUUAAUGUGUUUGUGUCUUCAGAAAUUCUGCUCCUGCAUUUCAUGAGCUAAAAUAUUUUAUAAAGAUGAAGUUGGAUACCUUUGCUGAUCUCCGAGUUGACCACGUCCUGUGAAUUCAGACAUCUUCUGAAGAAGGAGGAGAUUCAUCAGACACGUGGACUUCUGUUGUUGCCUAAGGAUACCCUUCUUUUUUUUUUUUUUUUCAUUCUGAAAGACUAUCUGCAUGAAGAUGGAUUUGCAUUUAGCAUACAGGCUGUGGGGUUAGUUGAGAGAGGACGCUGUUAAUGAAUGACCAACAUUUAUUUCCAUCUGCGUUUCCAGCUUUUUUUUUUAUUAUUUUUUUUUUAUUUUUAACACAAAAAUGAAGGACAAGUAUAAAACAACAGAGCUGGUGUAUUUCUCUGAGGCCUUUAUGUAAGCCCUUUUUGUCUGGACCCGGUGCUAAAGGAAAGCAGUCUGCUUUCGAUCAGCUGAUUGUGGCUGAUCUGUGGAAAGAGAACCUUUAAAUUGAAGCAACUUCCAGCUUCUGGCUUGCACAUAAUGAAAGGGAAGAUGAACAAGUUUUACUGGUCAGGAGCAUUUUACUGAACGAAGAAAGGGAAAGUUAGAUUAUCCUUGUUUUAAUUUCAAACCAAGAACUGACCACAUUUUUCUUAGAAUUUGACUACUAGGGAGAUCUCGACGGUUUAAAUCAAGUCAGAUGUCAGCAAACGACUCUUCUCCCCCAUCCUUACAGAAGUUUUCCCCGCCCACGUGUCAUGCUGCUGCACCACAAACCCCAAGUUUGUCUUCGAGUCCCCUGUCAGGACUCUCCAGCCGCCUCUCCAAUGGCAGUUUCAGCACGCAGAGCCUCACCAACUCCCGGGGCUCCAUGCAUGGGGUCUCGUUCCUUCUGCAGAUUGGUCUCACGCGGGAGACUGUCACCAUUGAAGCUCAGGACCUGUCCCUCUCUGCUGUUAAAGACCUCGUGUGCUCUAUAGUUUACCAGAAGUUUCCAGAGUGUGGUUUUUUUGGCAUGUAUGACAAAAUUCUCCUCUUCCGCCAUGACCUGAACUCAGAUAAUAUUUUGCAACGGAUUACAUCAGCAGAAGAGAUACACGAGGGCGAUCUUGUUGAGGUUGUUCUCUCUGCUUUGGCUACAGUUGAAGAUUUCCAGAUUCGUCCUCAUGCGCUUUAUGUGCAUUCCUACAAGGCUCCUACUUUUUGUGACUACUGUGGAGAGAUGCUUUGGGGUUUGGUACGACAAGGACUGAAAUGUGAAGGUUGUGGAUUAAACUACCAUAAGCGGUGUGCCUUCAAGAUUCCAAAUAACUGUAGUGGAGUGAGAAAAAGGCGUCUGUCUAACGUGUCUUUACCAGGAGCAGGGCUUUCAGUUCCAAGACCAGCACAAGCUGAAUACACAUCCUCUGCUUCAGAAGAGCGCUGCUGUCCAGAACCUAGUAAAAGGAUUCCCUCCUGGAGUGGCCGUCCCAUCUGGAUGGAAAAGAUGGUGCUUUGCAGAGUGAAGGUUCCCCACACCUUUGCUGUUCAUUCUUAUACUCGUCCCACCAUAUGCCAGUAUUGCAAACGGCUUCUCAAGGGCCUUUUUCGUCAAGGAAUGCAAUGUAAAGAUUGCAGAUUCAAUUGUCACAAACGCUGUGCAUCUAAAGUACCUAAAGACUGUCUUGGAGAGGUGGUUUUCAAUGGAGAACCUGCUAGCCCAGGCCAGGAUUUGGACCUGCCAAUGGAGGUUGAUAGCAGUGAAAUGAAUAGUGAUGGUAGUCGCGGUCUGGAUGAUACUGAGGAGUCCUCAACUCCAGAAGACAAAAUCUUUUUUAUGGAUCCAUCUGACCUUGAUACAGACAAAGAUGAAGAAGCUGUCAAAACCAUCAGUCCCUCAACAAGCAAUAAUAUUCCUCUCAUGAGAGUUGUACAGUCCAUCAAGCAUACAAAGAGGAAGAGCAGUACGAUGGUGAAGGAAGGAUGGAUGGUCCACUAUACUAGUAGAGACAAUCUGAGGAAAAGACAUUACUGGAGACUGGACAGCAAAUGCCUCACGCUAUUUCAAAAUGAAUCUGGAACAAAAUAUUACAAGGAGAUUCCACUUUCAGAAAUUCUCCAGGUGACUCAGCCUCGAGAUUUUUCAAACAUGGUGCAGGGCAGCAAUCCAUACUGUUUUGAGAUCAUCACUGAUACGAUGGUGUACUUUGUUGGCGAAAACAAUGGCAGCAGUCACCACAGUCCUGUUCUUGCUGCCACCGGAGUUGGACUUGACGUAGCUCAGGGCUGGGAGAAAGCCAUUCGUCAGGCCUUGAUGCCAGUCACUCCUCAAGCUAGCGUUUGCACUGCUGCAGGACAAGGAAAAGAUCACAAAGAUUUAUCUCUAAGCAUCUCUGUUUCAAAUUGCCAAGUCCAGGAGAAUGUGGAUAUCAGCUCUGUGUACCAGAUAUUUGCUGAUGAAGUUCUGGGUUCUGGUCAGUUUGGUAUUGUAUAUGGAGGUAAGUAGAAUCCAUUAUGCUUUUAACUAAGAUGGAGUGCAACUAAACUUGUUAUAAUUGGCCUUUUCAUAUUUGCUUAGCUGUAUCAAUAAGCUUAGCUGUAUCUUGGUGAAGUUGAUCUUGUUAAAAGUUUGGUUUGGAUAACUG